AUGGUGAAGAAGGACAUGAGCCAGAGCUGUGGAAGUGGGGAGUUUCAGUGCACCAGUGGACAAUGUAUAAACAUAGCCUGGAAGUGUGAUGGAACUAAGGACUGCACCGAUGAUUCGGAUGAGCUCAACUGUCCUUCUCCAUCGUGCAGCGCACAGCAGUUUAAAUGCGUUACAAGCGGUGAAUGCAUCGCUUUGAGUUUUGUUUGCGACGGGGAGGAAGACUGCAAGGACGGCUCAGACGAACAAAGAACAUGCGGCGAUCGAACCUGCAGCCCGAACCAGUUCACCUGCCAGGAGGGCCAGUGUAUCCCCGGUAAAUACAAAUGUGACCAUGUGAAGGACUGUGUUGACAACUCUGACGAAAACAACUGCAAAGACUGGUGUGAAUUGGCCAACAAGCAUUGCUCCAUCCACCAGCAUCAGUGUGCCAAUGGCGUCUGCAUACCUAUUUCCUUCCUAUGCGACCACUGGAAUGACUGUGGGGACAACAGCGAUGAGCAAGGCUGCGUGUACCAAAGCUGUAGCGGCGAGCAGUUCACGUGUUCGAGCGGCCGUUGUAUUCCCCAGCGCUGGGUGUGUGACCACUUCAAUGACUGCGGAGACUACAGUGAUGAAAAAGGCUGUGACAGUAACUCCCGAGAUUGUUACCCUGGCGAGUGGGGCUGCCCCGGUUCACCAGCUUGUAUACCAGUGGGAAAAGUUUGUGACGACAAACCGGACUGUCCUGAUGGGACUGAUGAGACCAACUCCACCGCUCAGCGCAACUGCAGCCUGGAACGCUGUUCGACCUUGAGCUGCGAGUAUCUAUGCCAUGUGUCUCCACAAGGAGGCACCUGCUACUGCCCGGAUGGUUUCAUCGUCGGCAACGACAGUCGCUCCUGUGUGGACUACGAUGACUGUCAAAUCUGGGGCAUAUGUGACCAGCUAUGCGAAGACCGGCCGGGGACGCACCGUUGCAGCUGUGCUGAUGGCUAUUUCCUGGAACAAGGUCACGUUUGCAAGGCCAACCUGUCAGGUGGAAUGCCGCAGCUCAUUUUCACAGACGGAGGAGAGGUGAUGAUGGGUGACAUCCACGGCCGCUACGUCCGAACUCUGGCGCCAGCUCAGGGCAGAGGCUCUGCUGUCGGCGUGGCGUACCACAGGCACAGUGAGACCGUCUUCUGGAGUGACACGUACACCAAAAAGGUGUAUUCUGCCAACUAUAAUGGAGGUAACAUUAGGGAGGUUCUGACCACUGCAGUCCAGAAUGUGCAAAACCUGGCCGUGGACUGGAUCAACUUCAAAUUGUACAUAUUGGAAGCCAUGGUGGAGCGCAUUGACGUGUGCGACUUUGAAGGAGGGAAUCGAGUAACGCUGGUCGCUGAGAACCUGCAGAGUCCUCAUGGCCUGGUCCUGGACCCCACAGUGGGUUACAUGUUCUUCACCGAUAUGGGCGUUAGCAAUAACAACAUGAAGUUGGAGCGGGCCUUUAUGGACGGCAGCAACCGUGUGGAGCUGGUAAAGACCAGGCUCGGCACGCCAACCGGAAUUAGCGUCGAUAUAAUCACAAAGAGGGUCUACUGGUCUGACAGCCAUUUUGACACAGUUGAAACUGUCACUUAUCAUGGUUUGGACAGGAAAGUGGUCCUCAAUGGUGGAACCCAGUCCCCACAUCCUUUCGGCAUGGCUGUAUUCGAGAACCACGUGUUCUUCACCGAUUGGACCAAGAUGGGGUUGGUGAGAGCCAACCGCUUCAACGGCAGCAACCCGGCGCUCCUCUUUCGUACCGCCAAGCGACCGGGCCAUGUUGUCGUCUCCCACUCGGCCCUGCAGCCUGUUGUGAUGAACUCCUGCGGACGGCACAACGGCGGCUGUCAGCACAUUUGCGUCCUGAGCCACCGCACAGACAAUGACGGUUUGGGAUACCGCUGCAAGUGUCGCCACGGUUACGACCUGAAAUCAGACUUUCACAGUUGCUUCAAGGUAAAGCACUACUUGCUGGUGGCCUCCUCUUUAGCCCUGCGAGGGAUCCCGCUCACCGUGUCACUCCAGGAAGACAUCACCCUUCCCCUCACAGGGCUCGCCUCGUCUUUUUCCGGCUCGGCUGUAGAGUUUGACGGGCAAGAUGAGGUUCUAUUCUACAACGACAGGUCGAGAGGCCUGAUCUAUAAGUCCAACCUCAAUGGCACCGUUCAACAGAUUUUGACUGGCUACAGGGUUGGCUCCAUCGAUGCCAUGGCGUACGAUUGGACUUCCAAAGUUUUGUUUUGGACCUCUAACACCUACAAGACAUUGGUGGCCUUCAGAAUCAUAGACAAGUCUAUGAGCGACAUCGUCACGGGAUUAAGGAUCCCGAAGGGACUUGCAGUACAUCCCGGGGAUGGCUACUUAUUUUGGGCAGACAUAUAUCGCCCGGCCGUCAUCAUGAGGGGCUACACUGAUGGCAGCAAUGCAGUUCCACUGGUCAAUAAAACACUUGGGCAGCCAUAUGCGCUUUCUCUCGACUAUGUGCAGGAGCGCUUGUAUUGGGUCGACUCCCUCUUGGACCAAAUUGGACACGUUGACCUUCAAGGAAACAACAGGCAGACCUUCAGCAAUAUUGGACAGAUCACACAACCCUAUUCGCUGACUGUUUAUUCAGACUACCUAUAUGUGUCCGAUACACGUAGCAGAGCGAUAUUUGAGAUGAGGAAGAGGGAUGGAGGAGGAAACACAAUGAUCAGACAAGGAAUCAAUGGAAUUCUGAAUGUCAAAGCCUACACCGCUGACCUCUACAGUAGUAUCAGUAGUCGCUGUGCGGUGGCAAAUGGGCGCUGCAGCCACUUCUGCUUCCCGACUCCGUCUUACAGCCGCGUGUGUGGCUGCCCGUACGGCAUGAAGCUACAGGUCAACCAAAUGGACUGCGUUAAGGACGACAGCGUUCCGCCGCCGGAUAACAACUGCGGCGACUACGCCUUUGAAUGUGACGAGGGGCGAUGCAGGCCCAAUUCCUACCGCUGCGAUGGCUACUUGGACUGCGUGGAUAAGUCUGACGAGGCCAACUGCACAGACACAGGAGCGACCUGCUCUCCCAGCGCCUUCACCUGCAACAACAAGCACUGCAUCCUGUCCGGGUGGCGUUGUGACGGCAUCGACGACUGCGGCGAUGGUUCGGAUGAAGUCAACUGUCCCACUCGAGAGCCCACCACCUGCCCGGCAGACACAUUCACCUGCGAUAACAACAGAUGCGUCUCCAAAGCGUGGCUGUGCGACGGCGACAACGACUGUGGCGACGGUUCGGAUGAGCACAACUGCAACUCCACCAUCACUACCUGCCCGCCUGCCUACUUCCUGUGCCCCGACCACCGUUGCAUAUUCAACUCCUAUGUGUGCGAUGGCGACCAGGACUGCUUUGAUGGCUCGGAUGAGAAAGACUGCGAGAUUUCCUGCGCCUCCUAUGAGUUCGCCUGCGUCAGUGGCGACCAGUGUGUCAGCAAAAGUUACCGCUGCGACGGCGUGACUGACUGCAGGGACCACUCUGAUGAGCGAGACUGUCCCACUCGAGGGCCGGGCCUGUGCCACAAAGACGAGUUCCAGUGUCAAACCGACGGCGUCUGCGUGCCGGACACUUGGGAGUGUGACGGCCACCCCGACUGCGAGGACGGUUCCGACGAGCACAUCUCCUGCCCUCCUGUGACCUGUGGUGCCAGCUACUUCCAGUGCCCCAACAAGAUUUGCAUCCCCAAAUACUGGCUGUGUGACGGCGAGAACGACUGCCGGGACAUGAGCGACGAACAGAACUGUCCUACGCCUCCGUUCAAAUGUCCCGGCAGCCAGUGGAUGUGUCCCACUGACCAGGUGUGCAUCGAGGAAGACAAAGUGUGCGACGGCAAGAAGGACUGUCCUAAUGGAGCUGACGAGUCACCCAUCUGCAAUGAGAACGACUGUAUACUACACAACGGCGGCUGCAGCCACAUCUGCAUUCAAGGACCAUAUGGGGCGGAGUGCCGCUGUUUCCCGGGUUUCCAGCUGCUCAACGACUCCAAGACCUGCGACGACAUCAAUGAGUGUCUCAUCCCGGGUUUCUGCAGCCAGAAGUGCUACAAUGAGAGAGGAAGCUUCCGCUGCUACUGCUCUGAUGGUUACCUGCUGGAGCCUGAUGGACGCACCUGCAAAGCUACAGACCCUCUAGCAGCCGUACUUCUGUUGGCCAAGCGGAGCCAGGUCAUCGCCAACAGGAUCAACGCAAAACCCCCACAGAUCAGUCCAGUGGUGAGCGGUUCAAACAUCGUGUCCGUGGACUUUGACCGCGUGACUUCUAGGGUGUACUGGGCCGACGCCUCCCUGAAGAAGAUUUGGAGUGCUUACCAGAAUGGAACUGACAGAAAGGAAAUUUUUUCUAGUGGUCUGAUGGUGCCAGAGAGCAUCGCUGUGGACUGGGUGGGCCGGAACCUCUAUUGGACCGACUCUGUCAUGGAGAACAUCGAAGUUUCUACUCUGGACGGUCGCUUCCGCAAAGUGCUCCUCACCGAAAACGUCACAAGGCCCCGCGGCUUGGUUUUAGACCCCCGUAACCAUACCAACAUGAUGUUCUGGACGGAUUGGGGUCAGAACCCCAGAAUCGAGCGGGCCGACAUGGAUGGGGUCAUGCGAAAAAUCAUUGUCAGUACAAAGAUAUACUGGCCCAACGGCUUGGCGCUGGACUACACCACACGCAGGGUGUACUUUGCAGAUGCCUACCUCAAAUACAUCGACUACUGCGAUUACGAAGGGAAAAACCGCUAUCAAGUCAUGGCGAGCGACAUGGUCCUCCAGCACCCACAUGGCAUGACCAUCUUUGAAGACAGCAUUUACUGGUCGGAGCGCUACACCAGCAAAGUGAUGAGAACGAACAAGUUCCAUGGUGGCAACGUCACCACAUUGUUAAAUAGCGUGUACCAGCCCAUGGGCAUCGUUAUGAACCAUCCUGUUAAACAACCUGCAGGCCUCAAUCCAUGCAGAGAACAUCUGUGCAGUCAGCUGUGCCUGCUGUCAGGCUUCAGGCCAAAGUACUACACCUGCCACUGUCAGUCUGGAUGGAAGCUGGAUACUGAUAAACGCAAAUGUCUCAAAGAUGAAACUCCUUUCUUGAUGGUGGUGAGCGAUUCGGUUAUUUACGGCGUUCCUCUGGACCCCGCCGACUCCUCCAACAAUGCGAUGGCGCCCGUGUCAGGCAUCCGUCAGGGGCGGGACAUUGAAUUUGAUGACCGUGAGCAGUUUGUCUACUGGGUUGAGUUUUCAGGUUCUAUUUGGCGAAUUUACACCAACGGCACCAACAGGUCUUUGUUUGCACCAGCUGCUUUUAUGGGCUCCCCAUCUGGUCUGGCGUUUGACUGGAUAAGCAGGAUAAUGUAUUAUAACAACCCCACGGCUAAAUCCAUAGAGGUCAUUCGCGUUGAUGGAAAACAGUACUAUCGAAAGACGAUCAUCACCUCCACAGGGAAACCAGAGGGAGUGGGAACACCAAUCGGAAUAGCCGUAGAUCCAGCAAGAGGGAAAUUGUUCUGGACGGAUGGGGGGUCCAUUAAUGGUAUUCCUCCGAAAGUGGCCAGCGCUGACAUGGAUGGGAGCAACAUUACAAUCCUCUACAAGGGCAACCUGGCUAACGUGGGCUACCUCGCUGCUGAUAUUUCCACCAGGAAACUGUACUGGGGAGUGUCAGGCUCAGGAGUGAUCGAGAGCGGCACCAUGGAUGGGGCGAGCCGAGUGACAGUUGUCAGUGGCCUGUCUUACCCGGUGGGGUUGACCAUCUACCAGAACUACCUCUAUUACGCCGACAAGGACUAUCAGGUCAUUGAGAGGGUGGACAAAGACACGGGUGCCAAUAUGGUGAUGAUAAGAAGCGGGAUGCCCCAACUGCGUGCUGUCAAGGUGCACGCCAGAGACAACUCUGCAGGGACCUCCAACGCCUGCAGCUCCAACAACGGUGGCUGCCCUCACCUCUGCCUGCCCAAACCCAACAACCAAAGGGUGUGCGCCUGCACUACGGGCUUCUACCCGUCUCACGAUGGCUCCGAAUGCGAAGAGUUUGACUCAUUUGCCGUGGUCUCCACGCCCAGCUACAUCCGCGGCUUUCACAUAAAUAGCUCCGAUCACUCCGAAGCCAUGGUGCCCAUCGGUGGAUCUACCUCUUACAUGAGGCAGAAUUUAGGCCUGCACGUGGAGUCUGGAUUUAUUUACUGGACUGAGAACGGCACCUCGUCCUCCUACAAAAGCAUCUCCAGGAGAAAAACAGAUGGAUCAUACUACCAAAGAAUUGUCUCCUCAGGUGUUGGAAGAGGAGGAAUCCUUGGACUAGCAGUGGACUGGGUUUCCAACAACCUGUACUUCACCAAUGCCUUCCAGAGCGUGACCUACCUUGAAGUGUUGUCUAUCAACACCACAUACCGAAUGAUCCUACUCAAGUCCGCUCAUGACAGGCCCACUGACCUGGCUGUCAACCCCAAACAGCGCUACAUUUUCUGGACCGAUGCUGGCCAAACUCCCAAGAUAGAGCGAGCCUUUCUGGACGGCACCAACCGCACGGUGCUGGCAUCCGAGAGCCUGGCAUCACCUCGCGGCCUCACCGUUGAUCACACCAAUGACUUCCUCUAUUGGACAGAUGACGUUCUGGACAUGAUCUCGUGUAUGGCUGCGGACGGCUCACAGAGGCAGAUAGUCCGCUACGGGAGUCGUUAUCCCUCGCCCAUGGGGGUUGCUAUACUUGGAAACUACAUGCUGUGGGUGGAUAAAAGGCUAGCGAAGCUCUUCCAGGCCAAUAAAGAUCCAGCCAACACUAACCAGACAGAGGUAAUCCGAGACACCCUGGAAGGCGUGUUGGACGUGGUCAUCUUUGAUCCUCAUGUCCAGCCUACAGCGGCUCACCAGGUGGGCUUCAACCCAUGUCAGGAAGACAACGGGCGAUGCCAGCAAUUCUGCUUUGCUAUACCGGAGCAGGACCACCCUAAAUGCGCCUGCGCUCAUGGGUCGCUCCUCAGUAACGGAGUAACCUGCGGCUAUGGACAAGACGAUUUCCUAGUUUUCACCACCGGCUACACUCUGAACAGUUUGAGGCUGGACCCUCAGGAUCACAGCACUCCUUUCCCGCCUUUGAACCUGGGUUACAACUUGAUGGCACUGGAUUUCGAUUACAAGGACAGGCGUAUUUUCUUCACCCAGUACAUGGGGAUAGGCAGGAGCAAGAUUGGCUACAUCACCACCACAUCCAUCAGUAGCUCACCGACCAUCAUAGCUUCAAAUCUGGAUGACCCCGAGGGCUUGGCGUAUGACUGGGUCAACAAACGCCUCUACUUCACCGACUACUACCGCAAGAACAUCCAGUCUAUAGGAAUGGACGGGUUGAACCGCACCGUCAUUGCCCAUGCAAACCGUCCCAGAGGCAUCAUAGUCGACCCUUGCUAUGGUUACCUCUACUGGACUGACUGGGGCAGGCCUGCCAAGAUUGAAAGAGCCACACUGGGUGGAAACUUCCGGAUUCCCAUCAUUAACACCAGCUUGUCCACACCUAAUGGCCUCGCUAUCGACUUUGAGGAGAGGAUGUUGUACUGGGCUGAUGCUUCACAAGACAAAAUUGAGCGCUCCACCCUGACGGGAGCAAACCGGCAGGUGAUUGUGCAAGGUGUCCGGUACCCCUUUGCCAUGACGGUUUUUAAGCAGGACAUCUUCUGGACCGACUGGACGGAAAGAGCCGUCUUCAGAGCGGGAAAAGAUGACGGCUCUAGCAUCACCGUGAUGACCCAGGAGCUUCAGUAUCAACCUAAUGAUAUUCACGUCUAUGCUGGGUCCAAGCAGGAGAGCUGCUCCAGCCCCUGCAUGCAGUUCAACGGAGGCUGUAGCCACGUCUGUGUACCUGGUCCGACCGGACCCGAAUGCCAGUGCCCCCACGAUGGCAAAUGGUACUUGGCAAAUAACGGCAAAGACUGUGUCAAAGACGACGGCAAGCGCUGCCAGCCCAAUCAGUUCACGUGUCUCAGCGGAAAAUGCAUCCCGGCUGGCUGGAUAUGCGACGGCUACGACGACUGCAAGGACAACACAGACGAGCUGGAGAGAGUGUGCGCCUUCCACACCUGCUCUGGUGUGCAAUUCACCUGUGACAACGGCCGCUGCGUGCCGCUCAACUAUGCCUGCGACUACGUGGACGACUGCGGCGACAACAGCGAUGAGCACGGAUGCCCCUUCCCCACCUGUAACCCCGACACCGAGUUCACCUGCGCCAACGGACGCUGCAUCAGCGCGUCUUUUCUCUGCGACGGCUACAACGACUGCCGCGACAACGCCACCUCGGAUGAAAUUAACUGCCCUGACAGGGUCUGUCCCUCGGGCCAGAUCAAAUGUGACAACACCAACAUCUGCAUCUACCCUAACAAGCUGUGCGACGGCUACAACAACUGUGGCGACAACAGCGACGAGAACCCUCUCUUCUGCGCGGGUCGUACGUGCCCUCCGACCGAGUUCCAGUGUGACGUUGGCAAGUGCAUCCCCACCUCUUGGGUGUGUGACUUCUACAAGGACUGCAGCGAUGGGACUGAUGAACCUUCCACAUGCGAGCAUGUAGUGCAAACUUGCAGCGCCAGCCAGUUCACCUGUACCAACGGGAACUGCAUCCCUCAGUCCAUGAUCUGUGACGGCAACAACGACUGCUGGGACAGCAGUGACGAGGCUCCUGAGCUGCAGUGUGGUCAGCGUACAUGCAGCUCUAACCAAUUUACCUGCCCUACCUGGUCCCCGGGUCACCCACGCUGCGUGCCCUUAAACUUUGUGUGUGACGGCGACAAAGACUGCGUCGAUGCGGCCGAUGAGCUUCAAAACUGCCCCAAUCGGACCUGCCACAUGAACGAGUUCGCCUGCAAAAAUGGCCUAUGCAUUUACCUCCCCUUCCAUUGUGACCGCGUGAAUGACUGCGGAGACGGCAGCGACGAGCUGGGCUGUACUUACGACACAUGCAGCAGCUACCAGUUCACCUGCAGCAACGGGGCCUGCAUCUACUCGGCUUACACCUGCGACGGCACUAACGACUGCCUGGACGGUUCCGACGAAGCGGACAGCUUGUGCGUCACGGCGCAGCCCACGUGCCCGCCUAAUCAGUACUUGUGCAAGUCGGGCGAGUGCAUCGACGCAAAGAACGUGUGCAACAGUGUGAAGGACUGCCAGGACAACAGUGACGAAAAAGGCUGCGGCAUCAAUGAAUGCCGCAACCCAUCAGUCCACCAGUGUGCCCAGCUGUGCACGGACACGCUCACAGGCUACUUCUGCUCCUGCAACCCCGGCUACCAGCUCAUGCCCGAUGGCAAAGCCUGCGAGGACAUCAACGAGUGCCUCAGCACGCCGGCCGUCUGCAGCCAGCUCUGCGACAACACCGCAGGCUCCUAUCACUGCAGAUGUGCCCCAGGAUACCUGCGGGAACCCGACGGGCGCACCUGUCGGCAGAACAGCGGCGUCGACCCUUACCUGUUGUACACCAAUCGCUACUACAUCCGCAACCUGACCACCGACGGAUCCCAGUUGAGAAUAGUCCUGCAGGGCCUCUCCAACGUGGUGGCUCUGGAUUAUGAUUAUUCCGAAAAGAGGCUUUAUUGGCUCGAUGCCGGAGUGGGAAAGAUUGAGAGGAUGCGUUUUGACGGGAGCAACAGGGAGGUGCUGGUGGAUAACGGCAUUCUCGGAGCAGAGGGUCUGGCGAUUGAUUGGGUUGGAAGGAAGUUGUACUGGGUGGACAGUUACUAUGGCUCUGUGCAUGUGAUGGAGCUGGAUGGGCGCUACAUGAAGAAGCUGCUCACCGGCCACUUCACAAAUGGAAACAACACUUACACCAUCACCCGGCCUCGCGCUGUGGCUGUGAACCCCAAAUAUGGAUGGCUGUACUGGACCGACUGGGCUGACACUCCAUAUAUCGGCAGGGCAGGCAUGGACGGAAGCAAUGUUAUCGCCAUUCUAACAGCCAAGCUGGAGUGGCCCAGCGCUCUGACUAUAGACUACACCACCAAUAAGAUCUUCUUUGCUGACUCCCACCUCAACUUCCUAGACUUUGCAGACAUGGAUGGCAAAAACCGACACCGAGCCAUUGCUGGUUCACUGCCGCAUGUCUUUGCAGUGUCCCUCUUUGAGGACUGGGUCUACUGGACAGAUUGGAACACACACGAUGUGGAAAAGGCUCACAAAUACACCGGCGAAGGGCGCAUGAUCAUGGGCAACAACACACACCGACCUUAUGACCUUCAUGUGGUCCACCCCUACAGGCAACCACCAAGUGAGAACCCGUGCUCAUCCCACACCAUGAUCUGCAGCCAUCUGUGUCUGAUUGCGGCGGGUGGGCAAAGUGCCAAGUGCGAAUGCCCGGAUCACUUUAUCGGCAUUUCUAUCGGUUUCAAGAUCCAAUGUGUUGCCGACUGCUCCAGCACUCAGUUCCGCUGCGGGGACAACGAGAGGUGUAUUCCUAUAUGGUGGAAGUGUGACGGCCAAUCAGAUUGCGGAGAUGGCUCGGAUGAACCUCAGACCUGCCCGCCCCGUUAUUGUCCCAUUGGCCGCUUCCAAUGUAAAGACGGAAACUGCACCUAUCCUGGCUUCAUCUGUGACGCCCAUCCAGACUGUCCUGAUGGUUCCGAUGAGGACGCCGCCCUCUGCAGUGACCAUCGGUGCGACGACAAUCAGUUCCAGUGCAAGAACAAGUUGUGCAUCCCCAUGUCGUGGCACUGCGACGGCUUCACUGACUGCUCCGACGGCAGCGACGAGGAGGCGGAUACUUGCGCCCAGAGGACCUGCCGACCUGGUCAGUUCCAGUGCGCCAAUGGCAACUGUCUGCCGCCCGACUACGUGUGCGACGCGCAGGACGACUGCGGCGACGGCUCCGACGAGCCUUACGACACCUGCAUGGGCCCCGACUACAAGUGCGACGAAACCGAGUUCUCCUGCAAAACGAACUACCGCUGCAUUCCUCAGUGGGCCCGCUGCGACGGCACCAACGACUGUAUCGACAACAGCGACGAGCAAGGCUGCGAGGAGGUGACCUGCGACCCUCUGGGCGAUUUCCGCUGCGACAACCACCGCUGCGUCCCCAUACGCUGGAAGUGUGACGGCCGCAACGACUGCGGUGACGGCUCAGACGAGCAAGACUGUCAGCCAAGGCCCUGCUCGGAGAGCGAGUUUAAAUGCGACAACGCACAGUGCAUCCCCGGGAAGUGGGUGUGCGACCAUGACAACGACUGCGGGGACAACUCAGAUGAGAGAGACUGCGAGUUGCAGACAUGCCGUCCGGGCUCGUUCCAGUGCGACUCGGGUCAUUGCAUCCCGUCUGUGCUGCAGUGCGACGGCCGCCCUGACUGCGAGGAUCUAACAGACGAGACCAGCUGUCCCACUCGUUACCCAGGAGGCCGUUGGUGCCCACUGGGGCAGUUUGAGUGCGCCAACCAUCUGUGUCUGUCCCCGAGCUGGGUGUGUGACGGCACUGACGACUGCGGCGACCGCUCCGAUGAACAGCUAGCUUUAUGCCUGAACAUUACCUGUGAGAUGCCGUCUAGAUUCCGCUGUGCCAACGGCUACUGCGUCUUCUCUGGCCUGCUGUGCAACCAAAAUGAUGACUGUGGCGACGGGAGUGACGAGAAGGAGGAGCUAUGCCGCCCACCUACCCUGCCUCCCUGCACACUGGACCAGUUUAAAUGCACCAAUGGACACUGUGUGUCUCUGCCUUAUGUGUGCGACCACAACGACAACUGCGGGGAUCGCACUGACGAGUUGGGCUGCAAUUUUGGCCAAGAUCGCAAUUGCGAGGAAAAGGUUUGCCAACAGAAUUGUAUCAACUUGAACGGUACCGGAUUCAUCUGCUCCUGCCGGCCCGGAUACAUGGUGGACCUGGACAACACUUACACUUGUCUCGACGUCAAUGAGUGCGAGGUGUUUGGCACCUGCCCUCAGCUCUGUAAGAACACUAAGGGCAGCUACGACUGCGAGUGCGCUCCUGGCUACCGCAAAGUCGGCAACGGCGACAUGUGCGAGGCAGAAGGCCCCACUCCCUUGCUGCUUCUACCCGAGAAAAUUCGUAUCCGGAGGUUCAACCUUCAGACGCAGGCCUACCACGACUUCAUACAGGAAUCUGAACGCAUCGAGGCGCUGGACUACGACUGGGAUCACAACAACACCGGAUUCAGUAUGGUCUACUUCACUGUGGCCAGCGAGGGCUCUGUCCCAGGUGCCAUUAAGAGAGCUUAUAUACCUUCCCUGGAUGACGGCAACAACAACAUCGGCGCAGCUGUUGACCUCGGGAUUAAGUACAUCACCAGACCGAACGGCAUUGCUGUGGACUGGGUGGGCAGGAACCUGUAUUGGGCUGACUCCAUAGUGAGGAGGCUAGAGGUGGCCAUGUUGGAUGGACGCUACAGGAAGCACUUGGUCAAGACUGAACUGGGCCAGCCGGCUGCUGUGGCGGUCAACCCUCGACUGGGGAUGUUGUACUGGACCGACCGAGGGGAAGUACCCAAGAUUGAAUGUUCCUGGCUGGAUGGUCAAGAAAGGAAGGUCUUAGUAGGGGGAAACCUGGGUUGGCCCACCGGUCUCUCCAUUGACUUCACCAAUAACGACAGAAUCUACUGGUCAGACUACAAGGAGAGCCGCAUCGAGUCGGUUAUGCCCUCCGGAGAGGACCGCAGAACUGCAGUCUACAUAGAUGCGAGGAACCCCUUCAGCGUGAGCGUGUUCGAGGACCAUGUUUACUGGAGCACCAGAAAGACCGGCGAGGUGUUCCGGCAGGACAAGUUUGGCACUGGGACCAAGACCAAACUGCUGACUGUUGGACCGUGGUUGACCCAGGUGUCUGUGUACCAGCAGCAGAGAUACAACUCCAUCAACAUGAAGAAUCCAUGCAAAGGAACGUGUAGCCACUUAUGUCUACUGCGUCCGGGGGGCUACUCCUGCGCCUGCCCCGAGGGCACUGAAUUCGUCCCUGGAAGUAACACGCAAUGCGAUGCAGGAUUGGACCCACCACCCACCAUGCCACCACCCUGUCAGUGUCAAAAUGGCGGCACUUGCUACUUUGAUGACAACCAGGCACUCUGCAAAUGUCCUCCAGAAUGGCAAGGAGAUUACUGCCAAACCAACAUAUACGACGUGGUGGCAUCAUCAAUCGGCAUCGCCAUCGGAGUGACGGUGGUCAUCUUGUUUCUGCUGGUCACUCUUGUUUAUGCUGCGAGGAAGAAGUCCAACCUGAUGGAGGUAGUAAGGGACACCAUGCCCUCCAUGCCCUCCAUGCCCUCCAUGCCCUCCAUGCCUUCCAUGCCCAGCAUCUUCAGAAAACGUCCGUCCCCAGAUUUGUCAAGAGUAGAAGACCCGGACACAAGGCUGAAUGGAGAUGCGGUUCCAUGCUUAUCCUUGGUGGAGACGGAGCAGAAGAAUUUUGAGAAUCCAUUUUACAAGGCUGAAAAACAAGCUGGAAGUAGGAGCGUGCCGACCGCUGCUGCACCCAACGAAAACACCAAGAAGAGUAUCGCCAAUCCAUUGUAUAUGGAGGAGGAGCCCACAACAAUGAGCAAUCCUGCCAACAAGGAGGCCUUUGAGAACCCGGCGUACAACUCAGACACUGAAGAUGCUGACGUCCCGUCACAACCCUCUAGCGUGCAGGGAUUUGAACCCAUCAGGGAUGAUGCUUUUGUGUCUUUCAAAAACCCUGUGUACACGAUGCCCUCUGAUUCCGACAUCUAACAUGACGUCACCAUGCUUGUUUCCACCUCUUUAUUUAUGAAUGAUAGCAAAUGUGUUAAAUAAGUCACGUAUGAUUGCACUGUAAUUCAUUGUAAGAAACCUAUUUUAUUGUGAAUUAGCUUUGUGUAAACAUUGAUUCAACAUUAUUCAAUGCCUGUAAUUAUUUUUUUUAAAGCUAUAAAAGUUUCUGAAUGGUUCAUCUGUGAUUGAACAAAACAUGGGGUCAGUUCUUUGCUCUGGACCCUGGGCCAGGAGGUCCAGUAAUAAAGACAUAA